GAAGAAAUCAAAUCAAAGUGUGCUAUUUUUUAAAGGAAAGAAGGUUUAGAUUAGGAAAAAAAGAAAGAAAAACAUUAAUGGAAAUGGAGGCGCAUAUAUGCAGACAAGGUAGGGGCCCUCAACGCAAUGACAACAAACAACAGCGCCACCACCACCGUAUCCAACACCUUCCCAACUUGACAUUUUCUUGCUUUUCCAGGUUUCCCUAUACCCACCAAAUUGUAGCUUGACAACUCUUUCUAUAUCCCCCUCAAUCCCAUCUUUGUUCCCUCUUUGCUUUCUACUUUUCUCUAUAAAGUUACAAACUUUACUUCUAAUUAAUCUCUCUAUCUUGUCUCCUAACUCCUGCCCUUUAAAAAGUUUGAAACUUUGGUUGAAGAACCAGGAAAUUCAGUUUUCUUUUUCAAUGCAAGGAGGUGUUGGUGAUGGUGGUUCAGAAAGUGGGUCAGUGUCCACUGUGUCAAGGGAGGAAAACAUGGUGUUAUCCUCGGAGGAUUCUUCAUGCCCUGAUCAGUCUGAGUUGGAGUUGGGUCUUGGGUUGAGCCUUGGUGGUGGUGGUGGUAGUUUUAAGAUGCAUCAUGUUUCAAAGAGUAGUCAAUUUGCUAGGAUUUUGACUGCUAAGGAUCUCCCUUCUCUGGUUUUUUCUGCUGCUUCUCCAUCUUCUUCUUCUUCUUCAUCACCAUCUUCUUUAAGUAGAGCUGAUGUCACAGCUAAGACCAAGAGGACUGCUGAUUCCAUGGCUGCUGCUAAUGGCUUUAGUCAACUUGUGGGGUGGCCUCCUGUCCAAACUCAUAGAAUAAAUAGCAUGGGUAACCAAGCAAAAGCACUUCCCGCUGAAGGGUUUAACUCAAAAAUGGAGAACCCUAAAAAUGAGACCUCUAUGGUUGAGAAGAGUACCAUCGGCAGCUACCAGAACAACGGUAACGCUAAGCUCAGAAAAUCUCUUUUCGUGAAGGUGAAUAUGGAUGGGAUUCCAAUUGGAAGGAAGGUUGAUUUGAAUGCCCAUGGAUCCUAUGAGAAGUUGGCUAAAACUCUGGAAGAUAUGUUUCUCGAAACGGCCCCAAGUGUUAGUCAAGUAGGAUCAAGGGCGCUGGAGCAUGGUAUGACAAAUAAACUAACAAGACCUUCGAAACUGCUGGAUGUAUCUUCUGACUUUGCACUUACUUACAAGGACAAAGAGGGUGACUGGAUGCUUGUUGGAGAUGUUCCUUGGGAGCUGUUCGUUAGUUCCGUGAAGAGGCUUAGAAUCAUGAGGACAUCAGAGGCAACCGGAUUGGCUCCAAUGUUACAAGGAAGGAACCAGAGGCAAAGAAGCAAGCCCAACUAGAAUACUAUUCUCUCAAAGCCGACCAUAACACGAAUAAGACAUGCUAUCCAAAGCAGAAAAGAAAUACAACAUAGUUAAAAGCAUUUUGACUUUAGCAAAGUUUGAACCUUUGUAGCUCUCUGUUUGUUUGUAUUAUUUGAUUACAUGUUAGGAAUAGUCACCAUAGGUUUUCAAAGUCAUUAGUUUUUCAAUGUAAUAUAUAUUCCAAAAACAACAAUUCAAACAUAAAGGGUUGUUCCACUUCCAUAUAGAGUAAAAUCAUACGGGUGUUUUUUCCAUCCAUGAAAA